UUCCCUGGCUCUGUGGGCACUGACCCGGGGCAGGGGGCCAGAGAGCAGGCUGCCUGAGGGGCUGACUCCACCAGCCUCCAGUUGGGCAGGCCCCGGGGUGGCUCACUGUGGGAGAGCUUGUGAAACACCCUGGAUGGGGUGGGGCAGGGGCUGCUUCCUGCAACCCAAAGCCACAGGAUGGUUACUCCAUCCGUGGAGGAGGCAGGCGGAGAGGGCCAGAGGGGCCUCGGGCCAAGCUCCUCCCAGCUGAUGGCUUGCCACCUGGAAGGUGGGGGAACUCCCUGGCCAGUCUGGCCAACAGACCAGAGCUAGCUGGACGGCCCACCCCCAGCUACUCAAAGUUAGGAGACUCUGGGAGAAUCGGGGCUCCCUACAGCCUCCUCUCUGGCCCAGUCCCCAGUGGGGCCCCUGUGCACCCAGGGAGCAGGGGGCUUUGUCCCAGGCUGGCUCAGGGGAGGUGGCUGAAGGAGGUAGGACCCCGGAGGAUUCAUGCACAGGGUCCCUGGCUGGCCCUCACCUGCUAUUGGCCAGGCUGGCCUUUCUGGCCCCCAGCAGCUCGGCUGCAGCUCUCCUGGGGCGCUGUUGGCUGGCGGGCCCAGGGAGUGCGGGCGCGGUGAGGGAGCAGGGAGGCAAUGUGCUGAGUCAGCGUGACUCGCCAGGAACAGCCGUGCUCUGGGGCAGUGCUGGGGUUAUUUUUAAAGCUCCCGGCUUCCUUCUAGGCCUGCCCCUCCCAAGUCUUAUUCCUUCUAAUCUCUCCCGCGCCCCUUGUCUUGCGUCUGCCUCUCUUAACAGCCUUCAGUUCCCCUUCUCCCAUUAGACCUUCCUGACCUCCCACCUGGUUCUCUAGGGGCAGGGUGGACAGGAAGCAGCUCAGCCCAGCCUGGGAGAGGCCAAGGGCUGCCUCUGAUCAGAGAGCGCCUGCUCGCUGUGCCCCCGGGUUAUGACGACCCCCAAUAAAGGAAACAAGGCCUUGAAGGUGAAGCGGGAGCCAGGUGAGAAUGGCACCAGCCUGACUGAUGAGGAGCUGGUGACCAUGUCGGUGCGGGAGCUGAACCAGCACCUGCGGGGCCUGUCCAAGGAGGAGAUCGUCCAGCUGAAGCAGCGCCGGCGCACGCUCAAGAACCGCGGCUACGCUGCCAGCUGCCGUGUGAAGCGGGUGACGCAAAAGGAGGAGCUGGAGAAGCAAAAGGCAGAGCUGCAGCAGGAGGUGGAGAAGCUGGCCUCGGAGAACGCCAGCAUGAAGCUGGAGCUCGACGCGCUGCGCUCUAAGUAUGAGGCGCUGCAGACCUUCGCCCGGACGGUGGCUCGCAGCCCUGUGGCGCCGGCCCGGGGCCCCCUUGCUGCCGGCCUGGGGCCCCUCGUCCCAGGCAAGGUGGCUGCCACCAGCGUCAUCACAAUAGUAAAGUCCAAGACGGAUGCCCGGUCGUAGGGACGCGCAUCUGCCCAGGCGGGUCUUUGCGGGGCCACUAGGCACAUGGCGAAUUCGGCUGCCCUGUCCCUCUGUUUCCUUCUCUUUCCUCCCUCUCUUCCCCGCCCUUCUCUCUUCCCUGCAAAGCACAACCUGUACCCCAGGGGCACCAGGCUGAGCCCCUUUGAUCUCGUCAUUGUCGUCGUGUGUUUUGUAUGUUGGGAUUGGUCAGUUUGGCGGUGACGUGGGGUCGCCCCAACCCUUUUUGUACCAAGGCCAUGCAGGCUUGGAGCCCAGAGUUGGUGCGGUGGGAAUGGACUUCAGAGAGAUGCAGGGAGAGAGACGGAGCUGGCACGCUGGGCCUCUCGUGUCCCUGAGCAGUGAGGGUUCCCGUGUGCUCUCCCGGGCUGGGAAGGAUUCACUCUCUUUAGCCCCAGGAGGGCAGCUCAGCUCAGCUCAGCCCAGCAUGAAGAGACGGGCUGUGUUCUGAGAGGAGGGCAUGGCCUUGAGGGCCCUGAUGGGGGGACCGCCAGCCUGGGCGCAGUGGUGCUGGGGCCAGGGGCUGUGCGCUCAAGCCUGACCCGUUGCACUGAACAAGACCAAAUCGCUGGUUGUGCGCUUACGUGAGGGUGAGUCCCGUGUGCCCUGCGAUGGGUCCCGUGUCACUGUUUACAUGACCUAUUUGUGUGGUUAUAUAGCCCUUUAUUUAAAAGAGAGAAGUUCCUUUUACAAAGUUAUUAAUUAUAUGUUUAAAAGUUAAAGAGAAAAGCUGCAGAGUAUUUAUAAAACUGUCUUUUAGAAAAAAAAAACAAGCAAGAAGACCAUUUGACCAUGUCAAUGGAAAAAGGAAGAAAGUAUAAUAGAAACUUUGCUAUUUAAAAAAAAAAAAAAAAAAAAACAAAAAAAAUCCCUUUCUUGUAAACUUAUGGACAACUCUUUGUGGCUGUUGGAGUUUAGUUUUUAUAUACACAGAGUUAUCAGACAUUAUUUAUAAAACUUAGUUUAAAAAAAGACAAAAAAAAAAAAAAAGCCAAGCGGUGAACCGACCAGAAGGCCGUCCUCUUUGAUAUCUUUUGCAAUUGUACCGAAAGUGACUUACUCCUCUGCCCUUCCUGCUUCCGUCUCUUGCCGGUGCCGUGGUGUUGUCCGUGCCUGGUGAGGUUUUGUGCAGCGGUAAAGUGCUGGUGCUUCUGGUGACCUUUGACCUGUGGGUGUCACUUCUUGUGUCUGUUUUCCUGUGUUUGUUUUUUGGGUUUCGUUGUGCUUUUGCUUCUGCUGGCUUGCUGGACCUGGGCUGGGGUGCCAGGGGGCGCCUGCUUCGUCAGAGCUCAAGGAGUCUGUGCCCACCACCAGCCCCUGGUCCCUAGGAGGUGAGAUGUGGGGCUCUGUCAUGCUCACCCCAUUGAACCUUGGCUACAUCUAUGUCUAGGGCUGGGGCUGAUGCUGUGGCACAGUAGGUAACACUGGGGGUCCCUUGGGGCCCCCCACGCUGCUUCCACACCCACCACCUCUGGCCUUGGGCGGUGGUGGUGCAGGGACCAAGGAGUCACUGUGGGUGGCCACAGGACUGUGGCCACGCUUUCCCUGGCCGUCUUCCUCUGGCCUCUUCACAUGGGGCCUCAGCUGGGAACCCCAGGGGCCCGCACCGUGGGCUACAGGUUCCACUGCCUGCUUGAUCCCUGAACUGUUUCCAUGCUGCGGGGUGCUUCCAGGCAGAGUGGUGGGGGGUCUCCACCAGUGCAGACAAGGGCUACGAUCUCCAGGGCCGGGUCUUACCCUUCUCCGCUGGCCCAUCCUGGCAGCUCUUGGCUUCAGGCCUUCCUUCUGCCUCCCUUUGGGAUCUGUCUUCCAGGGAUCAGCUGCUUGGCUUCACUGGGGGUGCCUCCCUCUGGGGGCCCAGCCUGCCUCUUGCUCCCAGUUCCUCGCCAGAGGCUGCUGCCCUUCUCGGCUGGGCUCAGGAGGCUCCUGGUAGGCAUAUGAUGGGAAGGGGUGCACCCACACACCCCCAGGAGGCUACAGCUCUGUGUCUGGCCGUGUGAACCUUGACCUUUCACCAGGGUUGCUGGUUUCUUCUCUGUGGGGCCCAGUCUCCUGUAAAGCACAGAAAUGUGGGCUGGUGAGAUGAAAAAAACUGGCUGACAGGGCUUAACCUUGUGGGUGGUGGGAUUUUCAUCCAAGAGUUUGGCCUGGUGUGCCUGUGAGAUGUGAACAGGGAUGUACCAUCAACACUUGUCUUAAUGAGCUUCUCUUUGCGCUAGGUGUUCAGGGACAACUCUUGUUUCUACCUGGGCCAGCCUGAAAAUGGAAAUGUUGACUCUAGUCAUUUAGUGACUUUAUCCUCCUCCCCCCAGUCUAGUUUUGUCUAACUAGAAUCCAGGCAUUAGUUGGAAUCAUAUCAUAAGUAUCUAUGAAGAAAAUGUCAUGAUCUGCCUUGGAGCAGGGAGGAACAGGCCCUCCUUGUCCUUUUGUGGCCCCCACUUUUGUCCUGGCUGGGGGUAGCCAUCCAUUUUGAGCACCUCUGCCAGGCUGCAGACCCGGAGGCAAGGGAGUGCAGAAGAGGAGGGUGUGAGGGUGGGCGCAGGCCGAAUGGAAGGGGGAGUCCUUGAUGUGUUGGCAGAAGAGGCUUCUGGAGUGUUGAGGCCAUACCUCCUUUCAAGAGCUUUGGAUUUGGAGCGACUUCCCUAGGUGUAGGGGAGUGUUCCUGUCUCCUGUCGGGCCAGCCCUGUGGAGCCACUGCAUCCCUCUUCCCCUUCCCCUGGAUUUCCUGACAUAGAUGCUGUGUUCAUGUGCACAUGUGAGUGUGCUGUCCUUCUGAUAUCUUCAUCCCGCUUUCCUACUGAGAAAAGGGUGAGAAGAGGGUGGUGGCCUCCUCUUCUCACCUCAGGUUUUCUGACACAGCGAAUUGAGGGCUAUGGCCAAGGCCGGGUCUCAAUCUUGUCCGCCAAGUAAACCAUGAUGUAUGUCUUCCCUUCCACCUUGACUUUGCCCCAACUCCUCCCUUGCCCUAACAUGGAUACUCAGAUUUCAGAGAAAUGCCCAGUGGGGACAGGUCAGCUCUCACCCAGAGAGUGAGGGCCUGGCUGCUGCUCCGGGUGGUGCUGGUGUUACUGGGGCUUCAGCUCUUGGUGCAUGUUUCAGAUAUGUGUGCACACUUCUGACCAGCAGCAGCAGCCUCAAUGGUCAGUGCCCAGCCCACAUCCCUGAGGAGCUGCAGCCUGCUUUGGGACGAUGGUGAGGUCCCGUGUUGUCCUUGCUUCCUCCCUCUCUGGAGUGGCCACUUGACCAAAGCUCCCAUCCACAUCUGGAAAGUCUGAGCCUCAGCCUGCUACACCUUUUCCGCUCUGGGAUCUUGUGUUACUUUUUUAGGCUGUGGUUUGGUGAAAGGAACCAACACAUUAACGAUUUUUCCCCCCAGAAGCCACUGAAUAAUUCUUUUGGCAUAUUUUUGCCUUCCUGUUGGCUGUCUGGCCUUGGAGCAGGUGGGGAGAGUGGAGUGCAUAAUCAAUGCCACACAGAGGCAGGGUGUGUCUAAGAGACCCAUGCCUGGCCUGUCUCUGGCCUGUGUCCUGGGCGUGUGCUUCCCCUGCCAGACCAGUCCCACACAUUUCCACCCUGCCCCUGCAGCAGCAGCUUUGAUACCAUGAGUGUCCCUUGAGUCUGAGAUACAGUGUGAGAGUGUAUCCCCUAUAGACUGUGAGACCUCCCUGUUCUUGGUGACCCCAGUUGGGCUUUAGCCCCUCCAGCAACCUGUGUCCCAGCCUUGCCCUUCUUCCCAUCCCCUCAAUCUGCUAGUCCCUGAAGCCUUUAACCAAACGGGAGUGGGUUCAGAAAGCCUUCUCCUGGCAACUUAGGGCAACAGGACAAGGGCUGCCCGCGUGUCCAGCCCUGUUGCUCUCCUGGCGCUGAGAGGUGGGUCCAAGCAGAGUUGAUCAGUCCCUGCCUGCCCUGCCUAGGUCUAGCCAGGGUAGGCUGUGUGUGGGAGAGGACCUCGGGAUCUGCUGGGGUGGAAUGGAGGUUAUUAAAGAUCUAAGUGAGGAGGGGCUGGGGUUUGGAUGCGGGGUGAGGCCCGAGAGCUCACACUUCGUGUAGGGCUGGUGGGGGCCUGACCUCCCGCAGGGCAGUGGCCUUAGUGCCCCACCCCUGCCCUGCGCAGUAUUUAUUGCUAAAUUAUUGUCCAGGAGGGGCAGCACUGGGCUUGGCCCCCCGGGUAUUUAUUGCUGUACAUAGUGUAUGUUUGUGAUAUAUAAGGUUUUCUUUAUUUUGUAUAUGAUCAAUAAACCUUUUAAAGAGA